ACGACACAACUUGGUGGGAGCAGUUCCAAGUCCGGCGAUGGCGGAAUAUGCAUGCAGAAGUGACAACCUAGGAGGAAUUGAGGGGGAUUAAUGCAUGAAAAGUUUGUGCCACCGUAUUACUCGCGAGAAUUACAUGAAUCCCUGCAAGCAAUUCGUCAAGGAUAACGUACAGUAGAAGAAUAUUCUAGUGAGUUAGAAUUGAUCAUGACGUGUGCUGACAUCCGAGAGGAUUCAGAGACGAAAAUUUUGCGAUUCUUGUCUGGAUUGAGCAAAGAGAUUCAGUACGAGUUGAAGCUCCGACAUUUUGUUGAUCUAGAGGAAGCAAUCCACUUUGCAGUCAAGAUCGAGAAGCAUUUGAAGCAAGAAACAUCAAGGGAUUUGCUGCUCCACGACAGAGCAUUACUCAAGAAUAUGCUUCGACCGCCACCCCAGCCCCAAUUCGUGCUGUGAAUUUGAAGCCAAUUCCCCAGCAAAGCAGUCAAGAUAGAACUAGAGGCUCAAUUAGAAAAUUGGAAUGCUACAAGUGCCAUGGAAGAGGGCACAAAUCCUUCUAAUGCCCCAAUCCGAAAGCACUAAUCCUGCGAGAUUGUGAGUACUAUUCGGAGGACGAAGAAAAGGAGAAGGGAGCUUAUGAUGAGGUCAUGGAUGAGGAGGUGUAUGAGAACAUCGAGAUGGAACCACCAUGUGGUAAUCUCCUAGUUAGUCAAAGAAAUCUCAAAGUUGAAGCAGAAUCCAAAACUCAAUAGCGAGACAACCCGUUUCACACCCGCUGCACAUUUCAAGGGAAAACCGCGUCAGUGGUGAUCGACGGAGGAAGCUGUACCAACGUCGUCAGCUUGGAGACUAUAAGGAAGCUUGGGAUGAGCAAUACCAAGCAUCACAAUCCCUACAACCUGCAUUGGCUCAAUGAUCAUGGUGUUGUGAAAGUGACGAAGCAGACAUAGAUUGAGUUUGAAAUCGAUCAGUACAAAGAUCGAAUUCUUUGUGAUGUAGCUCUUAUGCACGUUGCUCAUAUCCUUUUCGGAAGAUCUUGGCAAUACAAUCGUGGAGUUACCCACCAUGGCGAUCAAACUACUAUACUUUCAAGCAUGAAGGGAAGAAGCUCAAGCUGACACCUCUGUCACCGAUUGUGUUUCGUAACGACCAAAGGCAACUGGAGUCCAAUCGAGCUCAAGGAAAGGAAGGGAAGGGUACAAGGACAAGUUUAAUUGCCCAAAGACUGGUGCCUACUGCUCUACGACGAGAAAGAAGCCCACACCAGCCCGUGAAGUAGCAACUCGGUUCCUCGUCGACGGCGAGACAGAGGAGGAGAGAGGGUCUGUUGGAUGGAAACUUGGGAAGGAAGUCGAUCCAUCCCAGCAGUGCAGAAACCUUCCCCGAACCAUCGAAAAGCUUGCACAUGAAUCCAUUAGCAUCGAUGCAACCUCAAUCAAUGGAUUGGAUUCGAGGCAAAAAGCCCCUGGAAACGAGCAAAAAUGACCAAAAUUCGGGGUUAUUGGUUGGAGAUUUUGGGCACGAUCCGAUCCAAAAUGCUAAUGCGGAAUCGAUGAGGAAAGUCCCAGGAAGCUUUAGAAAUCUUCAAUUGAAUGUGGCGAUACCUGAAAUCGAAAGCCCCAAAAUUGAAAUCGAAAAUUUGGGUUCAUUCUUUUUGAAUGACUCGAUGGCAGAAAAUUCGAGUUGGAGAUUUGAUUUUGAAGGAGAUGAGUCGACGCUGGAGACCAGCGCAAAAAUGCAAUUGGAAGUCAGGCGAAGCUCGGGGCAGUUUCAAAUUAUACUGGAGAUCCCUGGAAAAGAUAGCCCCAAUCUGCUCGACGAUGAACAGUGUUCUCGAAUUCAAGAACAGGGUGUUCGAUCAGCCUACAUCGGAUCCAAUUUGGUAUCAAUUUUUUGAUUCUUUUAAAUCAUUAUUGAACUAUCAACCUGGGAUGGUGAGGUAGGCUCUCUUACUCCAUGGAAGUUUGAUCAACAAAAAGCUUAGAACUGCAUUAGCUAUAAUGAUCAUCUUGGAUGAGCUGCCAUUUCGCUUUGUUGAGCAUGAAGGGUUUAAGAGAUUUAUGGUGGUAACCCAACCAUUGUUUAUGAUACUUGGAAGGCAGACAAUAAGGCAGGAUUGUUAUAUCAUCUUUUUGGAGAAAAAAGAGUUGCUAACUAAGUUCUUAAAUUCCAUGUGCAACAGAAAAAUUUCCAUCACCACAAAUACAUGGACUUCUGAUAACAAUCGGAAUUUCAUGUGUGUGACUGCUCAUUUCAUUGGUGGUAACCGAAAGUUUCAUAAGAGAAUCAUUAGCUUUGUUCCCAUCACUCGUCACACAGGGAAGGAUAUUGCAGAAAAAUUGGCAGCAUGUCUAAAAGAAUGGAAGGCACAAGAUUUGUUCUCCAUUACAAUGGAUAAUGUUACUUCUAAUGAUGUUCUCGCAGAGUGCAUGAGAACAAAGAUGAAAGAGUGGG